CGGCAAAAUGGUGACACGAUGAAAUGGCUUCCUCGCUACGUGGUUACCUCCGUACAUGGUUACCUCCCCACAUGGUUAAUCUCACCACAUUACUACUCCACAACGUGAUGAUGCGAAACGCACCUUUCCUCGCGCCGCUUCCCAAACGGCAGUGCCCGCCGCACGCCCAGCGAAGUCUACGCUACCCAGUUGCACUCAGCUGAUCGGUUGAGAGGCACACUCGGGGAUCCUCCACGCAGGUGCCCGGGCAUACGGCCAGAUGCACACCCCUACACAAGCGAAGGGGUAUAGCGGACACUGGCGAAUUGGCACCUUCCCUCGCAAGCGAAAAGGGCUGACCAUCACAAAUAGCAGCAAGUGAGGAACCCCACUGUGGGGGAGAACGCACUUGAGCGGCCACUCCGCGAAUCGCCUAAUUAUUUGAAAUCAUGCUUGAGGGGGGCUUCUUACACGUGCAAGCAGCGCUCGCUUCGUUUGCGAAGGGGCAGAGUGCAAAUCGGUGCAGCGGGGGAGGGGCACCCCACUGGUGAGGCGGCCCCAACUGGUGAAGCGGCGUUAACUGGUGUGGCUUCCCCUUCUGGUGAGGCUCUCCUAACGGGUGUAACUUCCCCCACUGGUGAAGCUGCCCCAAUUACCUGCGCGGAACCUCCCCCCGCACAGCCGCUCACCCAACCGAAGAAUGAAAAGGAACGCCCUUGUAAAAAACGCCCUCUGUAGAGCGAGGUUGCACCCAAAUGGUGCCCACGCAAAUGCAGCCGUGAGCGCAGCUGCUCUCAGCGGGGCAGCCCUAUGGAGCAACAAAGCCCUGCAGACACGGAGAGGCAGUGGGGGAAGUGCCCCAAACAGCAGCUUCGACCUGUUUGACAAAAUAAAAGACAUUAACGGAAGCAACCAAAAUGAGGAAGGCACUGAGCAAAUCGAUUCGAAGAAAAGGAAGCCAUCAAAAAAGGUCUUAAAACUUGUGGAUGAAAUUUUAAACCUAACCCUAAUUGAAGCGGCAGAUCUGUGUGACCUUUGCCAGGAGAAGUUAGACGGACAGAAACAGUUUAAUAAUUCCUCUUUUUUUAAUAGGAACCCCUUUCCACAUCCCUCUAGCUUCUUCACCGCAGGGGGGUUCUCCUCCCCAGGUGUCCCCCCACCUAUGAGCUCUUCUUUCCCCAAUCAUGCAAACGCUCAGGGUGUCCUUCCACCGGGGGAAACUCCCAAUUUGGGGUCGGCGGAAAAAGGCGAACAGGCAGGGGUGAAAAAGAAGGAAGAAAAAAAAAGCUCCAAAAGCACCUUCAACGUUAAGUUAGAUAGCUUUGACGUAAAGAAUAAAAUCAACACGAUUAAAGAAAUUCGCAAAAUCGCCAACGUCGGGUUGAAGGAGGCGAAGGACAUGGUGGAGAGCGCCCCCUUCUACGUGCAGAAGAACGUGCCCGCGGAAAAGGCAGAAGAAAUGAAAAAGAAGUUCGAGGAGCUGGGCGCCACAAUUAUAUUGGAAUGACGGAGCGGGAAAGCGGCGUUUUUUUUUUUUUUUUCCCAAAAUGGGAGAACAGUGCCAUGUGUGGAGUAAAUGCCCACAUGCCUGUUCGUGGUGCGUAGGUACAUGGGUGUAUGUACACCCCCGCGGAGGCACCCAACCGUCGG